AUGGGUUGCACCCCGAGCAUGCUACUUGACCACAAAAGCCGUCGCCGGGACAGCACCGGCUCCCAAGAAGCUGCCUUGGGCAAGGUUGCACCGACUCCAGUCUGCAACAAAGCUAUUCCAGCAGCCAAAGCUCCGAGGGCUUCUGUGGAAUCUGAUGGGUUCAGUAUCCAGCUCUCUAGUAAGAAAGAUAGCUAUGUCUCGCAGAUGGGGAACAACUUUGCAACGCAGCUUCAUAUAAAAAGGAUAUCUGGUAGGCUGAUCACCCCCACGCCCAGUCUCGGCGACGUCCCCGAUGGCUUCAUGCGCUAA